CGUUUUAUAAGAAGAGGCACGCAUGAAACAAAGUGCAGGAAGACAAGUAAGUUUCAUUUGCAAGGGUUGAGUGUUGCAAUAUUUUCCUUACUGCAUGCUAGUGAACAAAGUGAAGGAGAAGAUGUCCAGGCAGGGACCCCUCUCCCUGUUCACCUGGAUGGGAGCCAUGGCUGUCUCUUCAAUGGCUUUCAACAUUGAUGAAGCAAACCCCAAAAUCUACAAGGGGGAGGAAACUGAUUUCUUUGGUUACAUAGUCCAGCAAUUCAUAUCUGGCAAAGACAAAGGGGUAAUGGUCAGUGCUCCAUAUCAGAAGAACGGAUCUGGUGGAAUCUGUAGAUGUGCUCAAGACAGAACAGACUGUACAGACUGUUACACUCCUCAAGAAACUGACACAAUCAAGUACAUUGGACUGUCUAUGGCUGGACAAUCUACUUCCCCUCCAACAUUCACUGCCUGCAGCCCUGGUCUGGCACACGAGUGUGAUGGGAACUCCUAUCUGAACAGUAUCUGUUAUCAAUUCAACAGCCAGCUCCAGAUCACCUCGAACUUCACACCUGCCUUCCAAGAAUGUACUAAGAAAAUAGUGGACCUCGUUUUCCUAUUUGACGGAUCAGGAAGCAUGACAAAGGAUGAAUUUGAUAAGAACAAAGGUUUUAUAAACAAUAUCAUGACAACCCUAAAAAACUCCUCAAUCAAGUUUGCAGCAGUUCAGUUCUCAUCAAUAGCCAGGACAGUUUUCAACUUCAAUGACUACCAAGAGGGAGAGCCUUGACUAAUCUUUGGAAAGAAAAGCACAUGUCUAAUCUAACCAACACACAUCAGGCGAUAGACUUUCUUUUGUAGGUCACAGUUGAACAUUAUUAAUCAGUUUUACUUGAUGAACGGGGAUUGUGGUGUAAGAAAGAUAGCUUGAUCUGUUGUUUGUAUACAUCUAAUUC